AGUAUAGCAUUGGAGUUCUUGUGCCUUAUAAUUAAUUUCUACAUGAUGCACGAGAAUCCGCUAUAUUGGGUAUAUAAACGGAAAUCCAAUCAAACAAGCACAAGUCUGAAAAGAAAAGAACGACGAUGAAAUGUGUUCUUCUCUUAGUAGUAGCCUUUGGAGCGGUUGCCUACUCUCAGUACCCCCUCCCUUACAACGUCCCCAAUUUCCCCAACCGCAACUUCAGACCCCCCGGUCCUGGUAACAUAGUGGAGGGCAGCUACACCUUCAUCGACCCCAAUGGUAAAAAACAGACCGUCCGUUACUCCUCUGAUGGUCAAAACGGCUUCACCACCGUCGUCCAACAACCAACGGAACCCCCUAAACCCAAAACCAAGAAGAAGGACAAAAAGAAGGACGAUAAAGACGACGAUAAGAACCAAGAUAGCACCACCACUGCGUCUCCCGAUGAAGACGGCACAACCGAAGAACCAAAAAGCAGUGACAAAGAAGACGAAAAAGAAGACAAAAAGGAAGAUCCCGAAAAAAACGUGCGUUAUGUUCCUGUUCCCGUUUACCCUCCAGUUCUGGGGAGUCGGUCCGCUUUUCCAUCCCAGCCACCCUUUGCGCCCUACGGUAAUUUUCUCCCUCGUACCCCUUACGCUUUUUCUUCCGGUUUUGGUUUUGGACGCUAG